AUGUCAUUGUCAGCGUCUCCGUUCAGCUGCUUCAAGCCUGCCCCCUACCCAUCCCUGGACCCUCUCACCUCGUCCUCCUCGGACCCCCCGCCCCCCCCCACCCCGACGCCCACUCCGGGGAUAGACAAGACAGACAGACAGCCUGGUUUCCGUUCCCCUGUCCCUCGACACUCCCCACUGCUCACUGUGUGUGUCCUACCCUCAUACACCGAGGUCCCCCUGUCCCUCGACACUCCCCACUGCUCACUGUGUGUGUCCUACCCUCAUACACCGAGGUCCCUCUGUCCCUCGACACUCCCCACUGCUCACUGUGUGUGUCCUACCCUCAUACACCGAGGUCCCUCUGUCCCUCGACACUCCCCACUGCUCACUGUGUGUGUCCUACCCUCAUACACCGAGGUCCCUCUGUCCCUCGACACUCCCCACUGCUCACUGUGUGUGUCCUACCCUCAUACACCGAGGUCCCCCUGUCCCUCGACACUCCCCACUGCUCACUGUGUGUGUCCUACCCUCAUACACCGAGGUCCCUCUGUCCCUCGACACUCCCCACUGCUCACUGUGUGUGUCCUACCCUCAUACACCGAGGUCCCUCUGUCCCUCGACACUCCCCACUGCUCACUGUGUGUGUCCUACCCUCAUACACCGAGGUCCCUCUGUCCCUCGACACUCCCCACUGCUCACUGUGUGUGUCCGACCCUCAUACACCGAGGUCCCUCUGUCCCUCGACACUCCCCACUGCUCACUGUGUGUGUCCUACCCUCAUACACCGAGGUCCCCCGUCCCUCGACACUCCCCACCGUUCACAGUGAGUGUCCUACCCUCAUACACCGAGGUCCCUCUGUCCCUCGACACUCCCCACUGCUCACUGUGUGUGUCCGACCCUCAUACACCGAGGUCCCUCUGUCCCUCGACACUCCCCACUGCUCACUGUGUGUGUCCUACCCUCAUACACCGAGGUCCCCCUGUCCCUCGACACUCCCCACCGUUCACAGUGAGUGUCUCACCCUCAUACACCGAGGUCCCCCUGUCCCUCGACACUCCCCACCGUUCACGGUGUGUGUCCUACCCUCAUACACCGAGGUCCCCCUGUCCCUCGACACUCCCCACUGCUCACAGUGUGUGUCCUACCCUCAUACACCGAGGUCCCCCUGUCCCUCGACACUCCCCACCGUUCACGGUGUGUGUCCUACCCUCAUACACCGAGGUCCCCCUGUCCCUCGACACUCCCCACUGCUCACAGUGAGUGUCCUACCCUCGUACACCGAGGUCCCCCUGUCCCUCGACACUCCCCACUGCUCACUGUGUGUGUCCGACCCUCAUACACCGAGGUCCCUCUGUCCCUCGACACUCCCCACUGCUCACUGUGUGUGUCCUACCCUCAUACACCGAGGUCCCCCUGUCCCUCGACACUGCCCACCGUUCACAGUGAGUGUCUCACCCUCAUACACCGAGGUCCCCCUGUCCCUCGACACUCCCCACCGUUCACGGUGUGUGUCCUACCCUCAUACACCGAGGUCCCCCUGUCCCUCGACACUCCCCACCGUUCACAGUGAGUGUCUCACCCUCAUACACCGAGGUCCCCCUGUCCCUCGACACUCCCCACCGUUCACGGUGUGUGUCCGACCCUCAUACACCGAGGUCCCUCUGUCCCUCGACACUCCCCACUGCUCACUGUGUGUGUCCUACCCUCAUACACCGAGGUCCCCCUGUCCCUCGACACUCCCCACCGUUCACAGUGAGUGUCUCACCCUCAUACACCGAGGUCCCCCUGUCCCUCGACACUCCCCACCGUUCACAGUGAGUGUCUCACCCUCAUACACCGAGGUCCCCCUGUCCCUCGACACUCCCCACCGUUCACGGUGUGUGUCCUACCCUCAUACACCGAGGUCCCCCUGUCCCUCGACACUCCCCACCGUUCACAGUGAGUGUCUCACCCUCAUACACCGAGGUCCCCCUGUCCCUCGACACUCCCCACCGUUCACGGUGUGUGUCCUACCCUCAUACACCGAGGUCCCUCUGUCCCUCGACACUCCCCACUGCUCACUGUGUGUGUCCGACCCUCAUACACCGAGGUCCCUCUGUCCCUCGACACUCCCCACUGUUCACAGUGAGUGUCUCACCCUCAUACACCGAGGUCCCUCUGUCCCUCGACACUCCCCACCGUUCACAGUGAGUGUCCUACCCUCAUACACCGAGGUCCCCCUGUCCCUCGACACUCCCCACUGUUCACAGUGAGUGUCUCACCCUCAUACACCGAGGUCCCUCUGUCCCUCGACACUCCCCACUGCUCACUGUGUGUGUCCUACCCUCAUACACCGAGGUCCCCCUGUCCCUCGACACUCCCCACUGUUCACAGUGAGUGUCUCACCCUCAUACACCGAGGUCCCUCUGUCCCUCGACACUCCCCACCGUUCACAGUGAGUGUCCUACCCUCAUACACCGAGGUCCCUCUGUCCCUCGACACUCCCCACCGUUCACAGUGAGUGUCCUACCCUCAUACACCGAGGUCCCCCUGUCCCUCGACACUCCCCACUGUUCACAGUGAGUGUCUCACCCUCAUACACCGAGGUCCCCCUGUCCCUCGACACUCCCCACUGCUCACUGUGUGUGUCCUACCCUCAUACACCGAGGUCCCCCUGUCCCUCGACACUCCCCACUGUUCACAGUGAGUGUCUCACCCUCAUACACCGAGGUCCCUCUGUCCCUCGACACUCCCCACUGCUCACUGUGUGUGUCCUACCCUCAUACACCGAGGUCCCCCUGUCCCUCGACACUCCCCACUGUUCACAGUGAGUGUCUCACCCUCAUACACCGAGGUCCCUCUGUCCCUCGACACUCCCCACCGUUCACAGUGAGUGUCCUACCCUCAUACACCGAGGUCCCCCUGUCCCUCGACACUCCCCACUGCUCACUGUGUGUGUCCGACCCUCAUACACCGAGGUCCCUCUGUCCCUCGACACUCCCCACUGCUCACUGUGUGUGUCCUACCCUCAUACACCGAGGUCCCCCUGUCCCUCGACACUCCCCACUGUUCACAGUGAGUGUCUCACCCUCAUACACCGAGGUCCCUCUGUCCCUCGACACUCCCCACCGUUCACAGUGAGUGUCCUACCCUCAUACACCGAGGUCCCUCUGUCCCUCGACACUCCCCACCGUUCACAGUGAGUGUCCUACCCUCAUACACCGAGGUCCCCCUGUCCCUCGACACUCCCCACUGUUCACAGUGAGUGUCUCACCCUCAUACACCGAGGUCCCCCUGUCCCUCGACACUCCCCACUGCUCACUGUGUGUGUCCUACCCUCAUACACCGAGGUCCCCCUGUCCCUCGACACUCCCCACUGUUCACAGUGAGUGUCUCACCCUCAUACACCGAGGUCCCUCUGUCCCUCGACACUCCCCACUGCUCACUGUGUGUGUCCUACCCUCAUACACCGAGGUCCCCCUGUCCCUCGACACUCCCCACUGUUCACAGUGAGUGUCUCACCCUCAUACACCGAGGUCCCUCUGUCCCUCGACACUCCCCACCGUUCACAGUGAGUGUCCUACCCUCAUACACCGAGGUCCCUCUGUCCCUCGACACUCCCCACCGUUCACAGUGAGUGUCCUACCCUCAUACACCGAGGUCCCCCUGUCCCUCGACACUCCCCACUGUUCACAGUGAGUGUCUCACCCUCAUACACCGAGGUCCCCCUGUCCCUCGACACUCCCCACUGCUCACUGUGUGUGUCCUACCCUCAUACACCGAGGUCCCCCUGUCCCUCGACACUCCCCACUGUUCACAGUGAGUGUCUCACCCUCAUACACCGAGGUCCCCCUGUCCCUCGACACUCCCCACCGUUCACAGUGAGUGUCUCACCCUCAUACACCGAGGUCCCCCUGUCCCUCGACACUCCCCACCGUUCACAGUGAGUGUCCUACCCUCAUACACCGAGGUCCCCCUGUCCCUCGACACUCCCCACUGCUCACUGUGUGUGUCCUACCCUCAUACACCGAGGUCCCUCUGUCCCUCGACACUCCCGACUGCUCACGGUGUGUGUCCGACCCUCAUACACCGAGGUCCCCCAGUCCCUUGACCUUCAGGGUAUUGAACAUGGAACGCAGCACAUGAAGUUUGCUGCCCAGCGGAUUAAAUUAAAAACCAGACACCUAGCGAAACCACUCCCACCUUCCCCCAUGCCUGGUCCGUCU